CCCCCCCAAAUCCCGGGGUCGGCCCCUCCCCCGCCAUGGCCGACCCCAUCAUGGAGCUCUUUGACGACCCCGCCCUCUUCGGCCUCGACCCCCUCCCCGACGACCUGGUGGCCCCUCCCCCCGCCGCCCCUCCCCCCACCGCCCCUCCCCCACCCCCCAGCGACCCCCUGGCCGAGGCUUUGGGGCUCUCGGGCGCCCUGGACCCUCCCCCACCCCCUGAACCCCCCCAAAACCCUCCCAACCCCCCACCCCAAAACCCCGACCCGGAAGUGCUGAGUCAGGGGAAUCCAUUCAUGGGGGUCUCGGCCCCGCCCCCCACCCCGGCCCCGCCCCCUCCGCCCAAAAUCGUCAUCCUGAAAGCCCCGCCCCCCUCGGGCCCCGCCCAGGCCGCGCCCAACGGCGGCAAAGUCACCCUGGCCAAAAUUUUGGGGGGCGGCCCCGCCCACCCCGCCCAGAUCCGGGCCCAGGUGGCGGCGGCGGCAGGAGGGGGCGUGGCCUCGGCCGGGGCGGGGGGCGUGGCCAAAGGGGGCGUGGCCGCGGGGGGGCGGCAGGUGAAGCAGCUGCUGCUGCAGCCCCUGAAGGCGUCGGGGGGCUCGGGGGGGGCCCCCCUGAAACCUGGACUGAGCCUGGGGCCCGCUCAGGGCGACUCCAAGCGCAUCACGCUGGGCGACUCCAAGCGCAUCACGCUGGUCCUGCAGCAGCCCCCGCCCGGCCCCGCCCCCGGCUCCGCCCCCGGCUCGGGCCCCGCCCCCGGCCCCGCCCCCGGGCAGCGCCACGUGCUGCUGGGCACUCUGCCGGGCAAGCUCCUCCUCCAGGGGGCCACCACCGCGGCCACCACGGCCACCGGCGCGGCCACCAAGGCCCCGCCCAAGGUGGUGACCAUCCAGCUGCAGGUGCAGCCGGUGGGCGGAGCCGCCGCCGGCCCCGCCCAGAAGAUCCAGCUGCUGCAGCAGGCCCCGCCCCCCGGCGCGGCAGGGGCGGGGCCGGUGGGCGUGGCCCAGGUGCCGCAGGUGGUGGGCGGGGCCGGCCAGAGGCUGACGGUGCCGCUCAAGGUGGUGCUGCAGCCGCAGGCCGCCUCCUCGGCGGGCGCCUCCUCCGCCGGCCUCUCGGUGGUCAAGGUGCUGACCAGCUCGGAAGUGACCACGGCGCUGACCGGCGGCUCCGGCGCCGCCUCCGGCCGCUGCCCCUCGGACGAGAGCCGGCGUCUGGAGCACCAGAAGAAGCAGGAGAAGGCCAACAGGAUCGUGGCCGAGGCCAUCGCGCGGGCGCGGGCGCGCGGCGAGCAGAACAUCCCGCGCGUGCUCAACGAGGACGAGCUGCCCAGCGUGCGGCCCGACGACGAGGGCGAGCGGCGGCGGCGGCGCAAGGGGCAGCCCGGGGACAGGGGCAAGGAGGAGAGAGCCCGCAGGGGGAAAGGACAGGGCAGCAAGAGCAAAGGGAGAGGGAAAGCCAGCACGAUUACCCCCGUGGUGGGUAAGAAGAGGAAGCGCAACGCCAGCUCCGACAACUCGGACUCGGAGGCGCUGCCGGCGCCGUCCCCGCGGCGUGACGAGGACGGGGGCGUGCAGAAGCGCCGCUCCAACCGCCAGGUGAAGAGGAAGAAGUACACCGAGGACCUGGACAUCAAACUGACGGACGAGGAGGAGGAGGAGGAGCUGGAGGCGGCGGGGGCGGGGCCUCGGCCGGAAGGGGCGGGGCCUCGGCCGGAAGGGGCGGGGCCGGCGGCGGGGGCGGGGCCGGAGCGGCCGCAGCAGGACGGGGACCCCGCCCUGCCCUCCAUGCAGUUCUUCGUGGAGAACCCGAGCGAGGAGGACGCGGCCAUCGUGGACAAGGUGCUGUCCAUGCGGGUGGUCAAGAAGGAGCUCCCCUCAGGACAGGUGGUGGAGUCCGAGGAAUUCUUCGUCAAGUACAAGAACUACUCGUACCUGCACUGCGAGUGGGCGACGAUCGCGCAGCUGGAGAAGGACAAGAGGAUCCACCAGAAACUGAAACGGUUCAAAACCAAAAUGAACCAGAUGAGGCACUUCUUCCACGAGGAUGAGGAGCCCUUCAACCCCGACUACGUGGAGGUGGAUCGGAUCCUGGACGAGUCGCACAGCGUGGACAAGGACAACGGGGAGCCCGUGGUGUAUUACCUGGUCAAGUGGUGCUCGCUGCCCUACGAGGACAGCACCUGGGAGCUGCAGGAGGACGUGGACGAGGCCAAAAUCGCCGAGUUCAAACGGAUCCAGGCGCGGCACCCCGAGCUCAAGAGACAGCCACGCCCCCAGGCCGGCGCCUGGAAGAAGCUGGAGGCGUCUCACGAGUACAAGAACCACAACCAGCUGAGGGAGUAUCAGCUGGAGGGCGUGAACUGGCUGCUCUUCAACUGGUACAACAGGCAGAACUGCAUCCUGGCGGACGAGAUGGGUCUGGGCAAGACGAUCCAGUCGAUCGCGUUCCUGCAGGAGGUGCACGGCGCAGGUGUGCGCGGGCCCUACCUGGUGAUCGCCCCGCUCAGCACCAUCGCCAACUGGGAGCGCGAGUUCGGCACCUGGACGCACCUGAACACCAUCGUCUACCACGGGAGCCUGGCCUCGAGACAGAUGAUCCAGCAGUACGAGAUGUACUGCAAGGACAGCAAGGGCCGGCUGAUCCCAGGUGCGUACAAGUUCGACGCGCUCAUCACCACGUUCGAGAUGAUCCUGUCGGACUGUCCCGAGCUGCGCGAGGUGCAGUGGCGCUGCGUGGUGAUCGACGAGGCGCACCGGCUGAAGAACCGGCACUGCAAGCUGCUGGACAGCCUCAAACACAUGGAGCUGGAGCACAAGGUGCUGCUGACAGGUACCCCCCUGCAGAACACGGUCGAGGAGCUCUUCAGCCUCCUGCACUUCCUGGAGCCGGCGCAGUUCCCGUCCGAGGCCGAGUUCCUCAAGGACUUCGGGGACCUGAAAACGGAGGAGCAGGUGCAGAAGCUGCAGGCCCUGCUGAAGCCCAUGAUGCUGCGGCGGCUCAAGGAGGACGUGGAGAAGAACCUGGCGCCCAAGCAGGAGACCAUCAUCGAGGUGGAGCUGACCAACGCCCAGAAGCGCCUGUACCGCGCCAUCCUGGAGCGCAACUUCGCCUACCUGGCCCGGGGGGCGGGGCACGGCAACGUGCCCAACCUGCUCAACACCAUGAUGGAGCUGCGCAAGUGCUGCAACCACCCCUACCUCAUCAACGGUGCAGAGGAGCAGAUCGUGGCCGAGCUCCGGGAGUCCCUGGGGUCCCCCCCGCCCCCCGACCUGGCUCUCCAGGCCCUGGUGCGCUCGGCGGGGAAGUUGGUGCUGCUGGACAAGCUGCUGCCCCGGCUGCGCGCCGGCGGCCACAAGGUGCUGGUGUUCUCCCAGAUGGUGAGGUGCCUGGACAUCCUGGAGGAUUACCUGAUACAGAAACGGUACCCAUACGAGAGGAUUGAUGGCAGGGUCAGGGGGAACCUGCGCCAGGCCGCCAUCGAUCGCUUCAGCCGGCCGGACUCGGACCGGUUCGUGUUCCUGCUGUGCACCCGGGCGGGGGGUCUGGGCAUCAACCUGACUGCAGCCGACACCUGCAUCAUCUUCGACUCGGAUUGGAACCCCCAGAACGACCUACAGGCCCAGGCUCGGUGCCACCGCAUCGGGCAGAGCAAGGCCGUCAAGGUUUACAGACUGAUCACCCGGAACUCGUACGAGAGGGAAAUGUUCGACAAGGCGAGCCUGAAACUGGGGCUGGACAAAGCCGUGCUGCAGUCCAUGUCCGGCCGGGACGGGGGCAUGGCCGGGAUCCAGCAGUUCUCCAAGAAGGAGAUCGAGGACCUGCUGCGCAAGGGCGCCUACGCCGCCAUCAUGGACGAGGACGACGAGGGCGCCAAGUUCUGCGAGGAGGACAUCGAGCAGAUCCUGCUGAGGAGAACCACGACUAUCACGAUAGAGAGCGAGGGGAAGGGAUCCACCUUUGCCAAGGCCAGCUUCGUGGCGUCCGAGAACCGCACGGACAUCGCGCUGGACGACCCCAACUUCUGGCAGAAGUGGGCCAAGAAGGCAGACCUGGACCUGGAGCUGCUCAACAGCAAGAACACGCUGGUGAUCGACACGCCGCGGGUGCGCAAGCAGACUCGCCACUUCAGCACGCUGAGGGACGAUGACCUGCUGGACUUCUCGGAGCUGGACAGCGACGAGGAGCUGGAGCGGCUGGACAGGGCCACGCGCUCGCGCCGCGGCCACCACGGCCACCACGGCCACCAGGGACAGCAGGGUGGUCAGCAGGGUGGACAGCAGGGUGGACAGCAGGGCGGGCAGCAGCCGGCCGCAGCCCCUCCGGCCGCCCCGCAGCCCUUCGGCCGGAGCGAGUGCUUCCGGGUGGAGAAACACCUGAUGGUGUUUGGGUGGGGUCGCUGGCGGGAGCUGACCGCCCCGGGCCGGCUGAAGCGCCGCCUGUCGGAGCGGGACGUGGAGGGGCUGGCCAGGGCCAUCCUGCUCUUCUGCCUGCUGCACUUCCGGGGCGACGAGGGCACCCGGGCGCUGCUCUGGGGGCUGCUGAGCCCCCCCGGGGAGAACGGCCGCAGCCGGACGGCGGCCGGACAGAGCGGCCCGCUGCCCCUCCCCCGCGGCCGCAAGGGCAAGAAGCCGCCCAAGGCUCUGGAAGGUUCCGGGCCCGAGUGGCUGCGGCGCCACAGCCCCGAGGAGCUGCUGCAGGACGAGGGCUACAGGAAGCACCUCAGGCACCAGGGCAGCAAGAUUCUCCUGAGGGUCAGGACUCUGUAUUUCCUGAGGCACGAGGUGAUCGGGGACCAGGCUGAGAAGGUGCUGGGGGGGGCCAGCGCCAGCGAGGUGCAGAUCUGGUUCCCGCUGCUGGAGCAGCCGGAGGCGCCGUCGGCCUGGUGGGACCCCGAGGCCGACAAGUCCCUCCUGCUGGGGGUCUUCAAACACGGGUACGAGAGGUACCACACCAUGAGGGCUGACCCUGCCCUGUGCUUCCUGGCCAAGGCCGGGGGUCCCGACGCCGCGGCCGUGGCGGCCGAGCAGCGACUGGAGGGGCCUGAGGGGGCUGAUUUCGACAGAGACCCCGAGGACCCCGAGUACAAACCCCUGCAGGGGGGCAGCGAGGAGAGUGACCCCUUGGCCGGGCCGGACGAGGAGAUUUCGGUGGUGGACGGGGACGAAGGCCCCGUGUCCAGCCCCGUGUCCAGCCCGGCGUCCGGCGCGGCCGCCCCUCCCCCGUGGCCGGCGGGGCCGGCGCUGACCGCUCGCUUCCGCCGCCUGCUGGGGGCGCUGCAGCGCGGCCGGGCCCCUCCCCCCCCCGGCGCCGGCACCGGAACCGGAACCGGAACCGGAACCGGAGCCGGAGCCGGAGCCGGAACCGGAACCGGAUCGGGAUCGGAGCGGCGGCGCCGGCGCGGCCAUGACGGCUCCCGGCGCGACAAGCAGCAGCGCUGGACCCGGCGGGAGCAGGCCGACUUCCUGCGCGUGGCCUCCACGUUCGGGGUGGAGCUGGAGCCGGGCUCGGGCCGGUUCCGCUGGGGCCGGUUCCGCGCCUUGGCCAACCUGGAGCGGCGCUCGGACGCGGAGCUGACGCGCUUCUACCACGGCUUCGUGGCCAUGUGCCGGCAGGUGUGCCGCCUGCCGCCGGCCCCCGGGGACGGUAAUGACAAAAUUUACAAAAUUCGGGGGGUUUGA